AUGGGCGACAGAGCUGGUAGUUUCAGACANGGGCCCCCUGAGGGCGUCGACUCAAAGCCCCGCGACUUUGGAAACUGGGAGAGAAAGGGUCCCCUCACCCCUGCUGAGCCCAGACCCACGAGUGAGCGUAGAGAGUCCAACUUCAACAGAGAACCUAGAGAACCCAGAGCCGCUCCCCAAUGGGGUGAGGGCGCUGCCGACCGCGCUUCCGGAACUGGCGAGAGACCCCCUAGACCCGAGAGACCUGAGAGACAGCCCACCGCCGCAGACAUGGACGACAAGUGGAGAGCCAGAAUGAAGCCCGAUUCGCCCGCCGCAUCGCCCGAUGCCAGCACCCCUACUUCGCCUUCCGCCCCUGCACAGAGACCUAGACUCAACCUCGCCAAGCGCACCGUGUCAGAGGCGCCCGCCGAGAACAACGCCGCAGCCUCGUCCAAGGCAUCGCCGUUCGGUGCUGCCCGCCCCAUCGACACCUCGGCGAGAGAGCAGGAAAUUGAGGAGAAGCGCAAGCUCGCCAUCCGUGAGAAGAAGGAGGCAGACGACAAGGCCCGUGAGGAGAAGCGUGCUAAGGAGGCUGCUACCAAGGCCGAGAAGGGCGAGAACAAGGAGGGCGAGGACAGCAAGCAAUACGAGAUCCUCCGCCGCACCGAAGAGGAUGAGGAGAACGACAAGGAGGGUGUCGAUGCCGAUGCCGAGGGUACCAUUGCCGACGACAAGCAAGUGAAGCCCCAAGAGAUCACACGUGAGGUCCCCGCCAAGGGCGGCGACUCAUGGAGAAAGACCGAGGAGCCCCAAACGACAGCUGAGACCAUGGAGGACGAUGGCUGGUCCACCGUCUCGGCAAAGACCAAGAACUUCAACCGCAGAGGAGGCAACCGCGCCAUGGCCUCGUAA